CGUAGGCUUGAUCAACUCAGCACGGAAGGCGAAAAGUUGAGUCAUUGUGAGCUUUAUCAAGUCAUUUUAUGUUUGCAUUACGACGUUCAUGAAUGAGGUGACUAUCAACAUUUCGGAAAGUUGCGGAAAGCUGUCGAAGAAUUGAAUAAGACAGUUUUUAAAGGACUAACAUAUUCAUCUUUUUUACUGAACUUGACGAAGAUGCGUUACUCUGGUGCAUCAUUGGUGGCGACCUACUUAAUUUUUAAGCUUUUUUAUGUGCCUAAAGCUGAGGCUGUUUGCAGUGCUCCCCAACCACCCAAAGAUGGUUCUCGAAGUGACACAGAAAAGAGUCAGUUUGAGACUGGAAGUACCAUAAAAUUUUACUGCAAAACAAACUAUACUCUGGAAGGAGCUCCCAAAGUCAUCUGCUUAGCAAAUGGAAACUGGGACUCAAAAGCACCUAGAUGCAUUGAUCCAUGUGGUACAUGUAAAAAUGGAGGAAAAUGUGUACAUAAUGCGAAAACUGGUGGAUAUUCAUGUAUCUGUAUGGAAGGUUUUCGUGGGAUGGAUUGUGACACACCAAUAUGCAAAAAACCAAAUAAAGUCUGGAAUGGAGACUACAUUGUACAUGGUGCUCCAACAUUUGAUGUUGGAACUGAGCUGAUUUUCAACUGCAAAACUGGUUAUAUUCUAAGUGGCAGCACAUAUGAUAUUAGAUGCAUUUUAGAUAAAUCAGGAACUGCUAGAUGGUCAAAGGCAUUUCCAGUCUGCAAGCCUCGAAAAUGCAAGAACCUGCUGGAAAGUGAACAACUCCAAAAUGGUGUUUACAGUCCUAACAAGAAAGAGUACUCAUUUGGUGACAUUGUUUCAUUUUCAUGUAAUGCUGGUUUUGAGCUUCGUGGAUCAAAACUGUUGUCAUGCAAGAUUAGUGGACUAUGGUCCUCUGUGUCAUGGCCUAGGUGUUUUCCCAAAAAAUGUUUAGCCCCCCCGGAAAUCCAGCAUGGACGGGUGAUUCAAUCUGGAACUGACUUUCGUGCCGGGACAGUGAUACGCUUUGAAUGCAAGACAGGUGAAGGCUAUUAUCGAUACGGUCCGAGUCAACAGACAUGCUACCCAAACUCCAAUGGUGAAAUGGUUUGGACUCCUGAUAGACCUGUUUGUAUAACGAGCUCUCGAUUCGAAGAGUACUGUAUCCGCCAGGGGAAGGUUAUGACAAUGGAACCAGAAGCCAGUUGCGUUCAUAAGUUAAGUGUGAAAGGAGACCCUGCCACGACAAGACGAAAUGCUUCUAUCGAUACACUGACAAUAGUGACGGGAACUGCUGGUGGUCUUCUGGGCUUUCUAUUGGUCAUCAUCGCUUUCGUCAUUUGUCAGCGCAGAAGAAUGAUGCGCAGGAUGCGAAUGGCCACCUCAAGAAGGGCACGGUCUUUAGAGGACGAAAGGAUGCUAAUUUACUGCUCCAACGACUUCCACUUUUUUCUUCCUUCGUAUGACGAGGCAAUGCGAAGUAGGCCAGCAGAACCUCCUCCAUUCGAUGCAGUUGUAGCAGAAACUGAAGCCAGCUCCAGAAACACAGAUCAAGAAACAACACAGUCUACAAACCGUGACCAGAAUUCCCCAUCGCCCUCUUCCAGCAACGAAAACCCGUACGAAACUAUCGACAAUGUAACCGUUUCUCUUGACACAAGUCGAUCAACAUCAUCAGCAACAACAACAAGUCCAGUUUAUAGCAAUGUGCAACGAGAGGCGCCGAGGUCGAUAGAUAAUGAGAACACUGAGUUGAAUAGUGCAAGCAACGGAGAAAAUGAUGUGUCUCAAAAUGAAAGCGAGGCCGUAGUGACACGCAUGGGUAGUGUCUCCUCUCAAGAAUCAACAACAGAUGAAAAUCAGCCAUUAAUGUAACUUAUCACGAACUGGCCUAAACACAUGAUUUUGACAAACCUUGCUGUCGACUCUGCAAUUAAAAGAAAUCCUGAUUGUCAUUAUGAUUUCGGCAUGUAAAGGUACUGAAAGUUCUGAAUUGUUUUUUUAAUGUCCAAAGGCAGUAUAAGCUGUUCAUGGCGGCAGAAGCAGCGAUUUGAGGAUGAUGAUAAUAUCAUCAUGUAGAAAGGUAAAUUAUUAA